AUGGCGUUGAAUAGACUUCUUGACUUUGAUUUGAAAGAUGAUUCUCGAUGGAAGAUUGAUCCAAGUGAUGAGGCUCUUAUCAACAUUUACCUAAGGAAGAAGGUUCAUACUCAACCUCCUCCAUUUAAUAAAAUUGUUGAAUAUGAUGUGUUUCAAACUGAACCUUGGAUGCAACCAAAUAGUAGGAGUUCAUUCAGAGAUAGGAAGUAUUACUUCUUUGAUAUAAGUAACAAUAGAUUUGAAAAUAUGGAUACUAGACUAGUUGGAGUUGGUGAAUGGAGGAGUUUGGAGAAGAACACUGAAAUUUCCAUGCCAACCAAUAUGUUCAUUGGGAGAAAGAACACCCUUGAAUUCUGA